AUGUCCGACGACGCUACGCACGCCUUCAUGGAGACCACGGGCGUGAAUGACCCUGCGACCGCCGCCCGCGCGCUCGCCGCCGCGAACGGCGAUCUGGACGCGGCUGUGGCGAGGCACUUUGACGAGGAGGCAGCCGCUGGCGCAGAUGAUGGCACCGAGGCGGCGGAGGAGGCGGCGGCGCCGCCGAGCCUUCCGAUGCCGGAGUCCGAUCUCGUCGGCUCCAUCCUCAGCAAUGCGCGGCAGGAGGGCUCCGAGCAAGGCUCGGAGUGGUCUCGGCCCGGACGGACGCUGGGUGGAGCAGACUCGGAUGCGGCAUCGACAGCAUCUGCUCCGGUGGAGCCCACGCGCCGCAAUGCCAAGAAGCUGCGGCGGUACGAGGAGAACAAGGAGUUCAUGGAGCACCUGAAGCGCGGCGUGCCUCCCGUCGAGCUGCGCGAGUUCGACCUGUCGAGCGGCGCCCCUCUGCCUCGGCCGGUGCGGCUGGCGGACGGGUCUCGCACGACGGUCCGCGCAAACAAGUCCCACACGCUGGAGGCGCUCCACGCGCACAUCGCCAGCCUGACGCCCGGCGUCGCCUUCAGCCUGCGCGCCGGCUUCCCGCCGAAGAGGCUGGGCGAGCUGGGCAGGACGUUGGAGGAGGCGGGGCUGCUGAAUGAGGCUAUCACGCAGAGCAAGGAGUAG